UUCGUCAAGGACGGAGCAAAGUGAGGUUAUAUUGACAGAAUUAGAAGGUGGUUAGAAGAGCCCGAGGGUGUGUAGACUCAGACAGACGAAACAAAAUGCCUCCGUGUUCGACAAAGUGUGGCAAAAAUGCAAUACUCAAAAGACCCAAAACCGGUGACGUACUCUGUAAAGAAUGUUUCUUCGAGGCAUUUGAAAACGAAAUUCAUUUCACGAUUACGAGGGCCAAGCUUUUCAAGCCGAACAGUAAAGUGGCUAUUGCGGCAUCGGGAGGGAAAGACUCUACAGUUCUGGCUUAUGUCCUCAAGCUCUUAAACCAAAAGUACGACUAUAAAUUGGAUUUAACACUUUUAUCAAUCGAUGAGGGUAUUACAGGGUACAGAGACGACAGUUUAGAAACGGUAAAGCAAAAUCGUGAUGACUAUGAAAUGCCUCUUAAAAUUAUGUCAUAUAAAGACUUGUAUGGAUGGACUAUGGAUGAAAUUGUUGCAGAGAUAGGGCGAAAAAACAACUGUACUUUCUGCGGAGUUUUUCGACGUCAAGCUCUAGAUCGAGGGGCUGUGCUUUUAAAAGUUGACUAUCUAGCAACUGGUCACAAUGCUGAUGACAUUGCAGAAACUGUCCUCAUGAAUAUAUUAAGAGGUGAUUUGGCACGUUUGAGUCGUUGUAGUGCUAUUAUAACUGACAGCGGUGAUGGUAUCCCAAGAGUUAAGCCUUUAAAAUAUACCUAUGAAAAGGAAAUCGUUAUGUAUGCAUACUUUCGAAAGUUGGUCUACUUCUCCACCGAAUGUGUCUUUGCUCCUAAUGCAUACAGAGGGCAUGCCCGUGUCCUUCUAAAAGACUUGGAAAAAAUUGAUCCCUCUGUCAUUAUGAAUAUUAUACAAUCAGGCGAAUCUCUGAAAAUUAACGAAAGCGCAAAUAUGCCCACUUUAAGGAAGUGUACUAGAUGUGGGUAUGUCUCUUCACAGGAGGUGUGCAAAGCGUGUGUUUUGUUGGAAGGUUUGAACAAAGGAUUGCCCAAGCUAGGGAUUGGCAAGUCAAGUAAAGUUAAAAAAUUUAUACAAGAGAAAAAUUGUAAAACAGAUUGUUUAUGUAACAAUAAAUAACUAGGCGACGUAA